AACAGGUUGGUACCUGUGAGAGUUCAGUAUCCGCAUAGGCUUGGUUUCAUCAUCACCAAGUAGUAGCUGCUCCAACUGUUUUCUGUAUAGUUUAUAAUUUUUUGUUGUAUCUAUUUGAUUUUGUUUGCACAGUUCCAAUAUGGCCAAAUUUCAAACCAUCUUUGUCACUGGAGGUGCUGGUUACAUUGGCAGCCACUGUGUGGUUGAGUUGUUGGAAGCUGGAUAUGAAGUAAUUGCUUGUGACAACUUUGCCAAUUCUGUAAAUGGAGAAAAGGGCACCGCUCCCAGCCUCGAAAGAGUUGAGAAGAUAACAGGGAAAAAAGUCACAUUUUAUCAGUGUGAUUUGCUUGAUUAUGAAAGACUUGACAAAAUCUUCAGUCAGCAUAAAAUUGACUGUGUCAUACAUUUUGCUGCAAUGAAAGCUGUUGGAGAAUCCAUGGAGGUUCCACUUCUUUACUACAAAAAUAAUGUGGUUGGAACAAUCAACCUUCUUGAGGUUAUGAAAAGCCAUGAAUGUUACCAGCUAGUAUUUUCCAGCUCGUGUACGGUUUAUGGCAACCCCGAAGUCCUUCCCAUCACCGAAGAUAGCCCUAUUGGUAAUGUAACCAACGUGUACGGCCGCACCAAGUACCUUAUCGAAGAGAUGUUGAUGGAUCUCAGUCGUUCAGAUGAGAAAUGGAAUAUCUGCUCCCUUCGAUAUUUCAAUCCCGUUGGUGCUCAUCCUUCCGGCUUAAUCGGUGAAGAUCCCACAAAGCCUUAUUCCAACUUGAUGCCUUACAUUGCUCAAGUAGCUCUGGGAAACAAACCAUCCGUAGUUGUAUUCGGCAAUGACUAUAACACUCCGGAUGGAACUGGUGUUCGAGACUACAUUCACGUCAUGGACUUGGCGUCUGGUCAUGUUGCUGCAUUGGCCAAAGUAGAAAAGGAUAAACUUCGCUAUCGGACGUACAAUUUGGGCUCUGGCGUGGGCGUAUCGGUUAUCCAGCUGGUGGAGACUUUUGGUAAGGUGACGGGAACGACGGUGACCUACGAACUGAAACCUAGACGUGAAGGUGACAUCUCCGCCAUGUACUCGAACGGAGAGCGUGCAAAGACAGAGCUCGGAUGGACUCCGCGUUUCACUCUCGAACAGAUGUGUGAAGAUUUCUGGCGUUGGCAAACAAUGAAUCCGCUCGGUUAUCGCACUGAAAGCGGUGCAGUAAAGUCGAAAGAUUCGACUGUCGUUUCCAAUGGAACGUUGACCGAAUCCUCCAUCACAAAUGGCGAUCACUGAGAAACAAAACAAUUGACCAAAUUCUAGUGAUAAUGCUAUCUUCCGUAUGGUAUAAUUCCAUGGUUUAAAGAGUUCCCGGGAUCUGUAUUUGAUUGGGUUUGUUAAACACAAUGGUGGCGUUUGUUAUAGUUUUCCCCCACUUUUUUCUUGUUUGUAGAUCAUUCACCUAGUGGAUUUUCCUGUUGCACCUUUUUUUUUCUUGUUUUUCCAAGUCAGCUUGUAUAUUAUUUAUCAUUCAAAGCUGGCGUUAUUUUCUAAAAAAUAAUUUUUACAAACUAUUUUUAUUGUUCAAUUAAGCUUGUUAGGCAAUCUAUAGAAAAUAAAAAUCGAUGCCUUGUCAA